AUGGCUCGCGCGUCUGGGAAAGCACACAUGAUCGUUCUGGAUGUCGGACAAAGCACUGCGAUAGCUACUGGUAACGAUAAGCAAUCGUUCUUCCAAAAGUCGAAAGUUUGUGUAUCCCUUAUCAUGCAGCGUUUGAUUUUCAGCGCGCCCAACGAUCACGUCGGAGUCGUUCUUUACGGAACGAAAGAAACCAACAAUCAACUAAACGUCGAAAUAGGCGGGUAUGAGCACAUCACGGAAGCGUUUGAAUUGCAGCAAGCAAACUGGCAAACGCUCAGAAUAAUGCAAAACCAAGUAACACGUUCAAACUUGGAAGCGUGCUGGUUCGAUGCGCUGAUUGUCGCAACCAAUGUGUUGAAAAGUGAAACCAUGGGCAAAAAAUUCACCGAAUGCAGUAUAAUUCUGAUUUCUCCGUUCUAUAAACGAGCAGAUGUGGCGGAAGAUCAGCUGUCUAAUUUUCUGGAUGGUUUACGCAGCAUGCAUGGUGUACUGCAUCUCAUUACCAACUUUGUCCUUCAUCCUGCCGCAUCGGUUGGUACGAUUUUCACUACAUCAGGUGCGUUUGAUGAGCAGGCACACAAAUCCGAAGCACGUUCCGCAAAUGAACGGUGGCUAAAGCAAGUAUUAAAAGACACAAAUGGAACCGUGUCGAACAUAAACUGGGCAGAGCGAAUGUUGGCAUUCUUCGACCCGAAACUGGUACGACCUACACCGUGGAACUCCGUCCUGAGCAUUGGCACGAAAGUGAAUCUGUCCAUUUCGGCGUAUGUUAUGAUAAGUGAGCAGAAAGGAUUGGGAUCGUUCAAGGUGGAUAGCGUGGACGAUUCCAGCAAGGUGGAAAUGAAAACGCAAUACUUUCUGAACGAUAAACAGAUGGAAAUUUCGAUGGAAGAUAUCAUUAUGGGUUACAUGUACGGCUCUACAGCAGUACCGUACGACAAUACGAUCGAUAUCGAGUACAGGUCGGGAGAUGCGCGCUUAGCCUGCCUUGGGUUCACUGCGUCCAGCAAUAUCCUCGAGGAACAUUUGAGUUCGAAAGGGUCACACGUGGUGGUGGCAAAGAAGGGAUGUACCGCUUCCAAUCACAAGCUAGCUGCAUUAGUUAAGGCAAUGGACGAGCUGCAGGUUACGAUGAUCGCCACCAAGGUUUACCGUAAAGACACAAGGCCAAGAUUAAAUGCGUUGCUACCGACGUAUAGAAAUGAAAUUCCAUGUCUCGUGAUGCUGGAGCUGAUAUUUCAGGAUGAGGUAUGCUGCUUAAAUUUCCCUCGGCUGCUAAAAUCUAAACCAAAGCCAACAGAUGAACAAUACGAAGCGAUCGGCAAGCUUAUCGAUAGCAUGAACUUAAUGGAUGCUGUUGAUGAUUCAAAUGGUGAGUCGCGUGAAGCGUUCGCUCUCAACAGCACAUACAAUCCGACGCUUCAGCACGUUUACCGAGCGGUAGCUCACCGUGCAGUCAAUCCCAAACAACCGUUGCCAGCGGUGUUGGAUGGCUCGUUGCAAGAGUUGAUCACCGUGCCGAAGAAGGUGUCAGAUCGAUCAAAACCAGCCCUGGAAGAGGUAAAAAGGCUGUUUGAAUUAAAAGAAAUCAAACAAAAUACGCGCGCUGAAUGGCUUCAACGAAUGGCAAAGGUUAAGCUAGAUGAUGAUGCCACCUCUACCGUUUCCACCAUAGACAGUGGCAUUAUGAUGGAGGACGAUGAUGCCGAUCGACGAACGGUUGUCUCCGUGGGCACCCUAACACCGGCAGAGGAUUUCGCUCUUCUGCUAAGACGGGGUGAAAAAUUUGCCACCGUAGCUUCACAGCUGCAAAGCGUCCUGUUCGAACUGUUAUUCACCUCAAUGCGACCACCGGGGGAUAAAGUCGUUGCCGCGCUGGCGGUGUAUCGAAGCGAGGCACAAAAUCUUGGCCCGUACCGUUACAAUGAGUGGAUAACGGAGUUUAAAGAUAUGUUGCUAACGCGAGGUAAGCGAGCGUUCUGGGAGGAAGUAAUUGUUGGUAAGCAAUUGGGUCUAAUCGAUUCACAGCAAAGUGAGAUGAGUACGGUAAGUGUGGAACACGCAGCAAAUUUUUACAAAACACCGACACAAAACAAUACUACAGUCGAAAGUUCCGGUGCGGGUGAUGACAUAGAUGCGGAUAGUUUGUUUGAUGAGUUAAAUGGGUCGUUCUAG